AUGACACCCUCCCCCCCCCCUUUCCAGGUCUACGCCGCGGGGGGGUCCGACGACUACUCCUGGGGCACGGAGUUCACGAGACACUGGACCCACUACUCCCACACGCACUCCUGCACUCGCCAAGUCCAUGAGACGUCCCUGAGCGCCGUCCACCUCUCCACGCCCGCCUCCUUCGACGGCUCCGGCGGGGAACUGCGAAAGACCAUCUUCGGAGCGCCGUGUGACGUGUCCCCGCCCUUCUCCUGGCGGGAACUCCACCACAGCUACUUCGGCUGCCAGAACACGCCCACCGCGAUCUGGCUUCGUUCUGGGGCUUCGAACUUCUCGCCUCCAGACUUGAGGGAUAUUACUGACGAGUUCUUCCCUCCGCAGAUGGGGGAGACCUCCGCUAGCGAGCAGUGAGGGAGGGGAGGAGG